AUUUUAAUUUUUUUUUCUUCGUCUUCUGAGUUCUCUCUCUCUCCAUCUCUGUGAUUAAUUUCCAUUUUCCAGGUCUUUCUUUUUCUUUCUUAUCGUUUUUACUUGAGCAGUGCUUGACUUUGAUUCUUCCUUCCCCUAAAUCUACCUCCUAGUAUCUUCUCAACCCUUUCAUUUUUUCCUCUUGAUUCUACUGCUAGCUUUGCUCCUUUCUCUGAGUUCCUUGCUGGAGGUUGGGUUAGGACUUAGAGAAAAGAUGGGGUUUUGUUGUUUUCUUCCAUUCCUUUCUUGAUUCCCUCUUUCUCUUCUCUUCUCAUCCCCCACCUUCCUUCCAUCAUGGUUGAUUCUCUUUUACCAGAUUCCCUUCCUCUGUGCGUCGUUCUGCUAUAAGUGCUUCCUUUCCCCCCUUGUUUUUAUAAAAGAAUUUUCCUUUGCCCUCUUUCUCUUUUUCAAGUCAUAUAUUUUGUUUGGACACAGCACAGGCCCCUCACAUGCAUGCUCUUCGAUUUGUCUGAUCUGGAUUGGAUCAGAAGAAAGAGAGAGAGAAAGAGAAGUGUACGUGACAGAGAGCAGCAAAAAGAGGGAUUCUUCUUGGCUGACUCUUUCAUUUGGAGCAUAUGUGUUGUUUCUCUGAGGAGAAGAAGGAGAAGUAGAGGAGUAAGGAAGGAAGACACGGUGAGAUUUCUUGGCCCUUCUUUUGGAUCUUUCUUUCUGUUUGGCGCCGCAAGCAGUUAUUUUGCUUUGUGUUAGCAGAAAUCUGCAACCCCCUUUCAAUUUGAGUCUAUUAGUUGAACUGGGUAUGGGUCUUUGAUGGAGAUGAUUUUGAUUUAGGGGUAUUGAUUCAUAAUUCAGUUCAUUCUUUGAAUGAAGAUACAUAUUGCCAUAGCUUGAGGAAGCUGGAUUGGAGGCUUGUUGGGGUGUUUGAGGUUUUCUAAGAUUUGGGUUUGUUCUGCGAUCCUCGACUGCCUUCCCUGAUUUUACCAUUCGGUUCUCGUUCGUUGGUUGGUAAUUUAGCAGUGUAAAGAGAGCAAUAUAACUGGCUUGACUCUAUCCAUCUCUUGGUUUCUAGGGCUCUGACUUGGCUUUGAAGCGAGGGAGGAAUUGGGUUUUGAUUGUUUGGAGUUCGCUUCUGAAAUAUGGCGGGUGUUGAUGUUUCAAAGUACGCGCAUAGCCCUGUGCACAAGGCUGUUGCAACCAGGGAUUAUGUUGGUCUUAGAAAGAUACUAGCUGGGCUGCCCAGGCUCUGCAACCCAGCCGAGAUUCAGACUGAGUCAGCUUCAGUUGCUGAAGAAGUGAAGGCUGACGCCAUCUCUGCUGUUAUUGAUAGGCGUGAUGUCCCCAACCGUGAGACUCCUCUUCACUUGGCUGUCAAAUUGGGCGACGAGACUGCCGCUGAGAUGCUCAUGGUAGCUGGUGUUGAUUGGAGCUUGCAGAAUGAGCAGGGUUGGAGUGCUCUUCAAGAAGCAAUUUGUAACAGAGAAGAGGCAAUCGCAAUGACGAUUGUUAGGCAUUACCAGCCAUUGGCUUGGGCCAAAUGGUGCAGGAGGCUGCCUCGUUUGAUUGGGACGAUGCAUAGGAUGAGGGACUUCUAUAUGGAGAUCACAUUCCAUUUUGAGAGUUCUGUGAUUCCUUUUAUCUCAAGGAUUGCUCCUUCUGAUACUUACAAGAUUUGGAAGAGAGGUGCAAACUUGAGAGCGGAUAUGACCUUGGCCGGGUUCGACGGUUUUAGGAUUCAACGUUUGGAUCAGAGCAUCCUUUUCCUUGGUGAUGGAUCUGAAGAUGGGAAAGUGCCUCCUGGCUCACUUUGCAUGAUAACACACAAAGACAAAGAGGUGAUGAAUGCUCUUGAUGGUGCGGGUGCGCCUGCAACCGAUGACGAGGUUAAACAAGAAGUGAAUGCGAUGUCUCAGACAAACAUUUUCCGCCCUGGAAUUGAUGUAACUCAGGCAGUCCUUUUGCCACAAUUAACGUGGAGGAGGCAGGAGAAAUCAGAACUCGUUGGUCAAUGGAAGGCUAAGGUCUAUGACAUGCAUAAUGUGGUGGUUAGCAUAAAAUCCAGGAGGGUCCCAGGGGCAAUGUCAGAUGAUGAGUUCUUCGCAUCUUCCAAUGAGAAUGAAACAGAAAGUGAGGAGCUUAAUGACAUUUUGACAGAAGAAGAAAGAAGGCAACUUGAAUUGGCUCUAAAACUGGAUUCUUCAGAGUUAAGCAGUGAGAAUGGUGAUGGGAUGGUUGCACAUCGGCAUAGUUCUUAUGAUCAUAGGGAUAUUCCGAUUGAAGAUGGUAAUGACUUCAGGAAUGGGGAGACUAAGCAGGAGAAGAAAGGAUGGUUUGGGGGAUGGAGGAAACGCGACCAGAAAGUUGAAGGACAGAAGAAAAUUGUUCCACCUAGAAGUUCCCUAUGUGUGGAAGAGAAGGUGAGUGAUCUUCUUGGGGACUCCCCACCUGCUAGUCAAACAAGACCCGGAAGGCAUUCCGUGGAGGUGACUGUGAGGGACGAGCACAGGAGAGGAAGGGAAGCAAAGGCGUCUACUUCGACAAGUUCUGAAGCUAGUAACCGCAGGAAGGAAGGAGGUCGAGACAAUGAGUAUAAGAAAGGGUUGAGGCCAACACUGUGGCUGUCUCCAAACUUCCCAUUGCAGACCGAAGAGCUUCUCCCUUUGCUUGACAUCCUCGCUAACAAAGUUAAAGCAAUUCGCCGAUUAAGAGAGCUGCUUACCACAAAACUCCCCCUGGGAACGUUUCCAGUCAAGGUAGCUAUCCCUGUUGUUCCCACCAUUAGAGUCCUCGUUACGUUUACCAAGUUUGAAGAGCUGCAGCCGUUGGAAGAAUUUGCUACUCCACCAUCAAGCCCGUGUCCGGCCCUGGGAGGCAGAGAGAGCCCUGGAAUGACACAAUCCGCAAGCUCAUCGUCCUGGUUUCAGUGGAUUAAGGCACCGUACCAGCGAGCUAACUCGUCAAAUGGAUGUCCGAGCAGCAGGAUCGAGACGACUCAGGACCCAUUUGUCAUUCCUCCAGAUUACACCUGGGUUACAGCUGAGGCGAAGAAAAAGAAGGCGCAGGAGAAGAACAAGUUGAAGAAAGCUAGAGGUGGUCAGAGUUGAGAUGAUAGAGAAGUUGUAAAAGAGAACUUUAGCUUGCCCAUUGCAAAUAAACCGCUCAGUGAUCAGGCAUCAAAGUAGGGAAGGGGAAGGAGUAGAGUUUGAUGUAAAAGACCAUUUACCAAGAUGUGAUUCUGUAUUGUAAGGUAAUAGAAACUUGGGUCCCUUUUCAGUCAAGGGAAGAUUUGGUAUACCAUUGUGGGGAAGGAAUGAAAAAGGUAAAAGGAUAUUUGUGAUUCUUGGCUACAAUGUGCUUAAGAAGAAGUUUUGGAUGUAUUUGAGAGGAUGUAAUUAAACAAUUGCAGAUUCUGUUGGUGCCAACUUCUAUGCAUUAGAAUGUAAUUUCAAUUAUAUAUGCAAUGUGAAUAUCAUCAAAGUGAUGCAAUUCAAUUUACUUGAUGCAAUACAUCACAUUCAAUUACUUAUAUUUGAGACAAACCACAUAUUUUCAAACACAUGUAAUCAAACAACCUCUUAACCCUAUUUUGGCUAAGAGGUAGUUUGAUUUGAUUGGAUUAGAUCAACCAAUUUUGGAGUGACAAAAUCUUGAAAAGUUUACAUAAUAUCUGUAUUUUUCAAUCACCUUGUUAAAUUCACAUAUAUCAACACCUCCUCUACGAAAAAUUCAUUCACUUGAUCGUACGUCCACUGCCCUUAUAAUUUUUAUGACAUGAAAUCAUUCAAAAGCAACAAAUAUAAAAAUACAUUUUUUUUUCGAGAAAUGCCAAGAGAAUAGUUAGAAAUAACACUACCCACAAUCCCUUCCUAUCCCACUAGCUAGCCACCCAACAAAAUCAAAAGAAGCUAAUUCUAACCGGGACAACAACAGGGCUUUGCGUGCCACUCUAUGAGCAGCCCAGUUGGCUGUCCGCGGAACAGCUCUACAGUCUAUACAAUGAGGAAAAGACUGAGAAAAAAACGACAAUCUCUAAGCAGCGGACCACCAGACGAAUCCUCAGGCAACUAAAUAAAAUUCAAAGAGGUGC